AUUGAGCAGCUUGAAGCUGGAACUCCAGGCCGACUUAAAGUGACGGCCAAAUCAACCGAGAGUGAUGAAAUCAUUGAAGGAGAAUACAAUACUUCCUCAAGACUUGGACUUCGCUCUCCCAAUGCUAACAUUGAGUCGUUUUCUGAUCCUCCGUCCAGGAACGGGAAGAUCCCAGUGAACGAUGAGGAGCAGACCAACGUUCCUCACAUCUAUGCCAUUGGAGACAUCCUGGAGGGGAAGUGGGAGCUCACGCCUGUGGCCAUUCAGGCCGGGAAGCUUCUGGCUCGCCGACUGUUCGCCGGAGCUACUCUGAAGAACUGGGGCUACAGAGUUUCCCUACGAGACAAAAACGUCAAUUAUGUCAACGCCUAUGCUGAGUUUGUGGAGCCGCACAAGAUCAAGGCCACAAACAAGCGUGGUAAAGAGAUGUUCUACACUGCAGCUAAGUUUGUCCUGGCGACGGGAGAGAGGCCUCGUUACCUGGGCAUCCCUGGAGACAAAGAGUACUGCAUCACCAGCGAUGACCUGUUCUCAUUGCCCUACUGUCCCGGGAAGACUCUUGUCAUCGGCGCGUCGUAUGUGGCUCUGGAGUGCGGGGGCUUUCUGGCCGGUUUGGGGCUGGAUGUGACCGUCAUGGUUCUGAAUGCUGCUUCAUAG